CCUGGACCGCUGCUUCGCCCGCCACCGCGUCUGCAUCUCCUUCGGCCUGUGGAUCUGCGCCUCCUCCUGCUGGAUCGCCGCCCACACGCUGCUUCUCUAUCUGAGAUGUAUAAAGAAAUCCGGACGGGACCAGUCGGCACUGUGCGCAGCGUGCUGCCUCCUGACCAGUCUGUGUGACACCGUUGGGGCUAUUCUGGCCAGACAACUCACCAUCCAGGUUUUCACCGGUGCCUAUCUAGCAGCUGUUGACUUAGUGAGCUUCGUGUUCAUCCUCUUCCCAGCCUGUGGAUCCAAAUUCAAGUCCAGUUCAGAUCGGGGCACCCGACCAAGGAAGAAGAGGCGGCGACUCAGGGCCAGUGUGUUUGCCCUGGCCCUGCCGCUGAGCCUGGGCCCAUGCUGGGCUCUCUGGGCUGCUGUCCCGAAGGCUUCACCUACCAUCCGAGGGCCGCAGCGGAGGCUGCUGGCGAGCCUGCUGCAGGAAAACACUGAGAUCCUCGGCUACCUGCUAGGUAGCAUCGCCGCCUUUGGCUCCUGGGCCUCCCGGAUCCCCCCACUCUCCAGAAUCUGCCGAGGGAAGACAUUUCCCUCCAUCCACCUGUGGACCCGGCUCCUGACGGCCUUGGCUGGCCUCCUCUACGCCUCGGCCAUUGUGGCCCAUGACCGACAGCCUGAGUACCUGCUGCGGGCGACACCCUGGUUCCUGACCUCCCUCGGCCGUGCUGCACUGGACCUCGCUAUCAUUUUCCUCUCGUAUGUGAUGAAGAGCAAGAUGAGACGGGCCCUGGGAUUUGCCACUGAAGCCCAAGAGAGCCCCGACACCCAAGCCCUUUUGACCCGUGCAGAGAAAGAGGAAGAAAACGAAGAGAAUUCAGAUUGGGUGCCUCUCACCACACUGUCACACUGCAAGUCACUAAGGACAAUGGCAGCAAUCAGUCGCUACAUGGAGCUGACCAUCGAACCCGUGCAGCAGACAGGCUGCAGUGCCACCAGGCUGCCUGGCGACGGACAGACGAACAACGGAGAUGCGCCCCUGCAGGAACCCCCCUCGUAUCCUCCUGUUCAGGUCAUCCGGGCCCGAGUGUCUUCCGGCAGCUCCUCCGAGGUCUCCUCCGUCAACUCCGACCUGGAGCAGAAGUAUUGGGAGGCCCUAAACUUGGAGCAGUGGGACCCUGAAGAUGUGAACCUUGAAGGGAAAAAAGACAACGUGGAGAUGCUCAGAUCCCAGGUGCACAGGGGCUCUCUGGGGCCAGUGCACUUGACUGCUGAUGAUUAA